AUGACAGUAUUCUUGAGGGAUUUUGUCCCCGUUGGACUGGCACUCUUGAUGUCAAGUGGUGAUGAUGAUAAAUGUGAUUUGAACAUUGUGAAAACAUUUCUAUUGACGAGUCUUGAACUUUCACGAAAUGGUGUGUUUUGUCAUAGUUUCAGACUCACAGUUGACACCAUUGACCCAGGAUACGAGAACUUAGAAGCUGAUUUCGGGUCGGACGUUCCCAUAGACAGUGGCCUAUGGUGGACCGUGCUUCUGUACGCAUACACAAUGAAGUCCAAGGAUCUUACUGUUUCCAUGUUGCCUCAAGUGCAACUUGCAAUAAAAAAGGUGUUCACAUUGUUUCGUUUGGAUGAGUUGAUUGCUGAGCAUGUUCCUCAAUGGGUGUCCCUUGGUGCUGCCGGAUAUUUUCUUGGAAAUUCUUGUCCAACUGGAUGCAUAAAGGUGAAUAAAGGUGACAUUGCUAGUGAAGCCAUAAAGUUGCUCGAAGCACAUCUCUACCAAUACAAAUGGCCCGAAUAUUAUGAAGGUGAAGCCAUAAAGUUGCUCGAAGCACAUCUCUACCAAGACAAAUGGCCCGAAUAUUAUGAAGGUGAAACAGUGCAGGUAUUCUUGAGGGAUUUGUCAAGUGGUGAUGAUGAUAAAUGUGAUUUGAACAUUGUGAAAACAUUUCUAUUGACGAGUCUUGAACUUUCCCGAAAUGUUCGUUUGGAUGAGUUGAUUGCUGAGCAUGUUCCUCAAUGGGUGUCCCUUGGUGCUGCCGGAUAUUUUCUUGGAAAUUCUUGUCCAACUGGUAUUGAUUUUAGGUGGUUUUUGGUUGAAAAUUGCCUUGCAAUAUUGAGCAAUUUAGCAACAAAACGCCAAGCAUCAUGUAUAUGCUUCUUCAUUGAAAGUCAUUGGGAUGAGUUUAUUGGUCAAAUACCGUUAAAAAUUGUUUAUCCAGCAAUUGAAUUCAAUGAAGAUCAUGACAAUGUUGUUACUGACCAAAAAACUAAAAGCUGGAGUUAUCUCAAUGGUGAUUCUUGGCCAGUCCUUAUUUGGGUUCUCACAGCAGGCAUAAAGGUGCAAAGACAAGUAAAAACAAAUGAUGGAUCAAGAGGUGAGAUAUGGACUGUGAGAGGUGGCCCUAAGUCAGUGUGUUCCCCAGGCAACAACACAAAACUUGGAGUCAAAAAACACUUCUCGUUUUGCUUGGAGAGCAAGCCGACAGAAUGGAAAAUGGUCGAGUACAAUCUUGAACAAGCUGGGGUUAAUACAUCUUCUGUGUUCUCAGAUUCUGAAUCAGCUAAUGCUACUUACGAGGUGUAG